CGGGCUUCGGCUGCGGGUGCGGCAUCGCGGGGAGCGGGAGACCGGCAAUGCAGGGAGCAGCGGGGACCGGGCAGCAGCAUCCCGGGGAGCUGCGGGGAGCGGCACGCCGGGGCUCCGGCAUCCCGGGGUGGAGGAGUUCCCGCUCUGCCGAUCAUGGUCAACAAGACCUUAACGUACUGGGGUGCCGCCUUCGAGGAGGACCUUAUCAACAUCAACGUGGGAGGGCUGCGGCGGCGGCUGAGCCCCAGCGCUCUCUCCAAGUUCCCCGACACGCGCCUGGGCCGCCUGCUGUCCUGUGACUCGGAGGAGUCCAUCCUGCAGCUCUGCGAUGACUACGAUGUGAGCGCACGGGAGUUCUACUUCGACCGCAACCCCGGCUUCUUCCUCUACGUGCUGCACUUCUACCAGACGGGCAAGCUGCACGUGAUGGACGAGCUGUGCGUCUUCUCCUUCUGCCAGGAGAUCGAGUACUGGGGCAUCAACGAGUUCUUCCUGGACUCGUGCUGCAGCUACCGCUACCACGAGCGCAAGCUGGAGGGCCGGCACCACACCUGGGAUGAGGAGAGCGAGGUGAGCAGCGUGGACACGUCGCCCGAUGAGAUCUCAGACAUCAACCACGAGCUGCUGCGCUACAGCACGCUGCGCUGCGGCACGGCGCGCAAGCGGCUCUGGCUCACCAUGGAGAACCCCGGCUACUCCAUCCCCAGCAAGCUGUUCAGUUUUGUGUCCAUCAGCGUGGUGCUGGUGUCCAUCGCCACCAUGUGCAUCCACAGCAUGCCCGAGUACCAGCGGGUGGACGAGAGCGGCGCCGUGCUCGACGAGCCCGUCCUGCACAAACUGGAGUACUUCUGCAUCUCCUGGUUCACCUUCGAGGUGUCCUCCCGCCUCCUGCUCUCCCCCAACCCCAAGAAGUUCUUCAGGCACCCGCUCAACCUCAUCGACAUCGUCUCGGUGCUGCCCUUCUACUUCACGCUGCUGGUGGACGUGACGGCGGGCAGCGACUCGGAGCUGGGCAACCUGGGCAAAGUGGUGCAGGUCUUCCGGCUGAUGCGCAUCUUCCGCGUGCUGAAGCUGGCGCGGCACUCCACCGGGCUGCGGUCGCUGGGGGCCACCCUGAAGCACAGCUACAGGGAGGUGGGGAUUCUGCUGCUCUACCUGGCUGUGGGGGUGUCUGUCUUCUCCGGCAUAGCCUACACCGCAGAGAAGGAGGAGGAUGUUGGCUUUGACACCAUCCCGGCAUGCUGGUGGUGGGGCACAGUCAGCAUGACCACGGUGGGGUAUGGAGACGUGGUGCCCGUCACCGUGGCGGGGAAGCUGGCCGCCUCGGGCUGCAUCCUGGGCGGCAUCCUGGUUGUGGCACUGCCCAUCACCAUCAUCUUCAACAAGUUCUCCCACUUCUACCGCAAGCAGAAGGCAUUGGAGGCCGCUGUGAGGAACAGUGAGAAGAAGAAGCCCGAGGAGAUGGAGAGCGAGCAGGACUCAGAGGUGCUGAGCGAGAGCUCCCUGGGCAGGGGCAGCCCCGACCGCCGCAGUCUCACACCUGGUGCCCUCCCCGCUCCCUGAUCCCAUGCAAAGGACAGGGGGUCCGGGUCGGUGCAGAAUGAGCCCAGGAGGAACGGUGGUGCCUGGCGUGGGACCCACUCUGCAGCAGGACUGGCUGGCCACGGCCCUCCUUGCAUUGCAGGUGUCCCCAUCCCUGUCCGUGGGGCACCCGCAUUCCCUCCAGAGGAGCGGCUGCUGCCGACGCUGACACCCAGCCCAUGCAGUACAGCCUGCCGAGGGCUGCCGGGACACGUGGGACACUGCUGGACACAGAGCAGCUGCCUCUGCAGUGUCUGUGUGCUCCUGACUGCUGGUGCAGGAGGAGCUGGGGCUGCAGCCCCUCUCUGCAGGAGGGAGCAGCCUUGCUGCGACCCCCUGCAGGUUCCCGCAGAGUGAACCUUGUGCUGCUCCUCACCAGCUUCUGCCUGACCCCUCACAGCCAGGCACCGGGGCACCCCCAUCCCACCUGGCUCCCCACCUGGCUGCGCACAUCUCAGCACAGCGUCAAUUCCCUCAGCAACGUGCGCCCUGCAGCCACCCAACCGACCCAGAGCCACGCAGACGGCUUUCAGGGCACGGCGGUGGGUGGGGACGGCUCUGCCACAGGGACUGCCGAUCUCGGGGAAGAGAAGAUGGAGUUGGUGCAGAUGCAGCCCCUCUGCAUGGGUGGGAGCAGGGUGUUGGUGCUCACAUCCGUGUCUUCCAGCACUAUCUGCCCCAGCCCAGCUCCCACUCCACUGUUACUUGAACAAAGGAAGGAGUUUCCUCUUCUCUCCAUAAAUAUUCCAGUAGCAAAAUGUAUUAAAAUAGGAAGACUGAAUGACAUGUACUAACUAAAAAAGCAUUAUGCAAAUCAUUAGAAGAGCAUGUAAAUUAAUUUUCUAUCUAUGCAUGGGAUGCAUACGGUGUAUUUUAUUAAAGAUGGAAGUGACCCA